UCUUCAUAAUUGCCUUUUAUAGAAUUAAUAUUAAAAAAAUAAUUUCAAGAUGAGUUUGUCUCUACGUGGAGAUUUUGGACUGGAGAAAUCCAAACGAAAAAAGCGGAGGGAGAUUUCAGAGGAACAGAAACAAGAAAUUAAAGAGGCUUUCGAAUUAUUUGACACAGACAAGGAUAAAUUUAUAGAUUAUCACGAACUCAAGGUCGCAAUGAGAGCAUUAGGGUUUGAAGUAAAAAAAGCUGACGUCUUGAAAAUUUUGCGAGAAAAUGACAGAGAAGAAACUGGAAAAAUCAGUUUUGAUGAUUACAAUGAUGUCAUGACAGACUUAAUUCUUGAAAGAGAUCCACAGGAAGAGUUGACAAAAGCUUUUAAACUCUUUGACGAUGAUGACAGUGGUAAAAUAUCAUUAAGAAAUCUACGUAGAGUUGCUAGAGAACUUGGUGAAAAUAUGACAGAUGAUGAAUUGAGAGCCAUGAUUGAUGAAUUUGAUACUGAUGGUGACGGCGAAAUUAACCUGGAAGAUUUUAUUGCGAUUAUGACUGGUGAUACGUGAAACAAUUCAAGCUUUAAAACUAUCAAAAUAUUGAGUACAAACAUAUCUUCCUUUGGAGAAAAAAUUUAUUUGGAAAAGUUCUAGAAUAGCAUCUGAUUAAAAAUGUAUAUAUGUAGUUGUUUUGGGGAUUUUGGUUGGAAUUAUCUGACUAUAUAGCACGGGGGAAUAUCUUCUUAAUUUUGAACAGAGACUUUGGACCAUAAAAAAUAUUGACAAUUCUCUAAAUAUUAGUUGAGAUAUUUGCUUUGAAGUAUAUGUUAAAACUUCAUCAUCAUUUGCACUAUGCUUUGCAUACAAUCCACCCUUUUCAUCAGUAUACUUUUUAUAUCAUUAUUAUAAAUUCACUUUGCAAUAGUAUCUAUUUAUGAGCGGAACAAAAUUCAUUGGCAAGGGAAUAUUCAAUCCUAAUUCAUUCAGUACAUUUUAUAAUCCAGGUAGAAGGCUGUAAGUAGCAUAUUUUUUUUAAAUUUUUUUGUGACAGCAAUUUAUACAAUGUUUCUUCACACAACUUUAUUAUGUAUAGUUUUCUAUGUUGUUUUAUUAACUGAUACAACUCAUCUUCACAGGAGAAGACCGGAUAUAUAAAAUAAGUAGGUAAUUCUCGGGCAUUGUCUCAUUCAAAACCAAUAUAUUUCAGCAUUUGUGACACUCCUCAUUAAUACAUUUAUAUAAUCUAUUACUCAAUUGCUGCUAAUGUUUUGUUGCCCUAGCUAAUUUUACAAAGCUUAUUGUUUUGUUGUCAAUUUUUCAUUUUUUUUGUUUCAUUUAGGGAGAUGAAGAGAUGGUUGAUUCAGUCAUUUUUGAUAUAUUUGUUUGCAUAUUAGUACUUGAAUAUUCGUCUGUGAAUAAAAUUAUUUUUAAAA